AUGAGUAAUCUUCAAACCGAAACGUUGUUACCGCCCGAUGCUAGCCAUCUCUCUUCUCUUGUGAGUGGCUCAUCAAAUGCUGCGGAAAGUAUUUUUCUCCAACCUGCUGUGCACUUGAGUGAGGACACCAUCAUUUCAGAGUUUUCUGCUUCUAUCAAGGCCGAAAAUGCUGAAAAGGCUGAUCAUCCACACCAAAACGGAAAAUCAACACAAAAUAACGGCCAUGAUGAACAAGAGGCCCUAUCCGUUCUUUCAUCAUCACACUCCAGCCAUGAUGUGGAAGACGCUCUUCUGUUACAGGAAUUAUCAAAAGCAAGUAGAUCACCUUCGGUAUCAACCUCCAACGGAACCUCUAGCAAUAUGUCUACACCAUCAUUUGAUAAGCCGUUAAAGAUGAAGCUGAAGGAAGAAAAUGUAAAAUUACCGAAAAAAAAGAGAAAAACCUAUUUAGACGAAAUCCAACAAAGCAACGGCAAACAAAAACCAACAAGCGACGUAGAUGACGAAAGAGAGGCUCACAAUGAUAGAAACUUUGAAUACGUCGAAGAAAAUAUUUAUUUAGGAGAUUCCACAGUAUUUCAAUGGAAAAAUUUGUUUGAUGACGAUAUUAUUAUGUGUAUGUGUGGACCCAAUAGAAAGAGUGGAGAAGUUGGUGGUGAUGAUCAUUGCGGCGAGUCAUGUGUGAAUAGAGUGCUGUGCAUGGAAUGUGUGUUGGGACAUUGUGCAUGUGGAUCUAAAUGUACAAAUAACAGAUUUCAGAAAAAGAGCUGGAAAAAAAUCGCUGUUAAAAGAGCAGGUGAGAAAGGCUAUGGAAUAUUUGCUCACGAACGCAUCCCUAAAGGAAGUUUUAUUAUUGAAUAUGUAGGUGAAGUGCUUGAUGAGAAAAUUUACAAGCAACGCCAAGAAGCGUAUGACGGAGAACGCCAUUAUUAUUUUCUUUCUGUUGGUCCUAAUCAAAUCAUUGAUGCCUCUAAAAAGGGAAAUAACGCUAGGUUUAUCAAUCACAGUUGUGAUCCAAACUCUGUUUUACAGAAAUGGACCGUCGGUCAUCAAUCUAGGAUAGGUGUGUUUGCCUUAAGAGACAUUGAAAAGGGAGAAGAAAUAACAUUUGAUUAUGCUAUGGAAUGUUAUGGUGUUUCCCUUCAGAAAUGUUAUUGUGGAAGCAAAAAUUGUAGAGGUACCAUUACAUCAAAAGAAGCAGCAUCCUUGCUUGAUUUAAAGGAGAAGAAUUCAAACCUUGACAAGGAACGUAACAAGAGAAUCAAAAAUCACAAACUCGAGUCUAAGUUUAAGCAAAGAACUCUAUAUACUUUGAAAAUAUUGGAAGAUAGCAACAAGCUUCCAAAAGAUGUACAGGACGCCGCUGACUUUGGAAAUGUCUGUCUUUUGAGAAACAUGAGAAAGGCCCAACAAAAAAGAUUUAGACAAUUUCUUUCUAUCGAAAAACAAAUUUCAGAUCAAUUUAAACAAAAUCUGGAAGAAGAAAAAGAUGAAUUUGGUCUCACUGAAUAUGAAAGAGCUCAAAUGACGAAAAUUUAUGAGCAAAUUCAAAAAGGUAAUAUCAAUAAUCUCAAUGUUAGAGGUUUCAACUAUAGAAGAUGCAAAACAAGAUCAAAGGACGCUACUACCGUUCCAGAAGUUCAGACGUCUGUUGUUUCUAAUGAUAAACCUAGAGUAUCAGUACGAGGUCGAAAGAAGAGUACUGACAAGAUGGAAGAUGAAGCCCCUAAAAAACGAAGAGGCAGGCCACCUAAGAGAAAGAUUGAAGUAGAAAGUGACGAGGAGUCUUCUGAAGACGACGAACAAGACGAAGAAGAACUUUCAUCAUCAGAUGAUAGCGAUUUGUCAUAUGACGAAGAAUCUGAAGAAGAAGAGGAAACUUCCACAAGACGAAAAAAGAAGGCCACUAGCAGCUCAUCUUCAAAUACACAAGGCACCACCAAACGAAAGGUUGGUCGACCAAGAAAACAUCCUCUUCCAGAAAAGCCAGAGGAAGGUAAAAGAAAAGUUGGUAGACCAAAGAAGAACAUUUCACAGCCCGUUGUUCCAACCCCAACUGAUGCUAAUAAGCCCAGCAGUGAACCACCUGCCUCAGCUCCAGUCAAACGAAGAGUUGGUAGGCCAAGAAAAGAAGAGGUAUUGGCAAGAGAGCGAGAAGAAAAAGAAAGAAAACGAAAAGAAAAGGAGCAACGCGAGUUGCAGAAAAAGAAAGAGGCUGAAUCAAAUCAGAUGACUGUUAGCGACUCUGAUUCGGCAAGCGAAGAAGAACCACCAAAACGAAAAGUAGGUCGUCCAAAGAAAAAUACUACAACCCCUGCAUCGAGUGCUGCCAGUACAUCAUCAAAAACUGAAGAAAAAACAGCCAAGAGAAAAGUUGGUAGACCAAAGAAAGAAGAGACCUUAGCAAAAAGUACAACUGUAUCAUCUUCCAAGCCAACUACAAUUAUUCCUCAAGAUCAAAACAAAAUUAAGCCAACCGUAACUUUAGAGACUACAAAGAAAGAAGUCAAGUCAACUACAGAUUCCAAAGUCACAACUUUGAUUACAACCCCAACAUUGACAUCUGCUCAAUCACCCAUGAAGUCAGCUUCUUUAAAAAUUCAGAAUCCUUUCUCCACUUCUUCAUCUAGCUCUACUGCCACAUUAACGACGGCCUCAACUCCAACAAAGAAACCUAUUACAGAGACAAAGAAACCAGCUCAAACUCCUUCAAAAGCAAGUAGCAGUAACACAACAACUCCUUCAUCAACCGUCACAAACGAAACAAAGAAUGAGACUAAAGAUACAAACACCGAAAAAUCAGUGUCACAACAACCAGUGAAGAGAAAGGUUGGUAGACCAAAGAAAGAGGAAGUAUUAGCUCGAGAAAAACAAAAAGAACAAGAGCAGAAAGAGAAGAAACAGGAGCAAGAAAAGCCAUCCGAAGACAAGCCUGUAGUUAAAAGACCAAGAAAAAUUGUACACAAUAAUGCGUCGUCGAGUAGUAAUACUACCAAAGAUCAAUCAAGUUCCAGCGACGAAGAAUCAUCUUCAUCCUCUGAGGAGGAGAAGCGAACUGUGAAGAGAAAAGUUGGUCGACCAAGAAAGGAUGAAAACUCCUCACAACAACCUAAACGAAAAGUUGGCAGGCCAAGAAAAGAUCAAUCAAACACCAACGAGGCAAGAACAGCUAAAAAAUUAGGAAGACCACGAAAAGUAAUAGAAUCUUCUUCAGAAUCAUCCUCCUCAGAAGAAGAGGAUGAAACCUCCAACGCUCAACAAACUGAGCAAGAUGCAGACAUUGAGGUUGCAAGGAAAUUCAACAUUAGGUUGAGUAAGGUGAAGGCCUAUCAAGGAAUAAGCACUUCAAUGCCAAAGAGAAAGUACACCAAGCAGGCUGACAGGAAUAAUGAGCAAUAA